CUGCGCCUCGCUCCUGAGCCGCUCUGACCGUCUUCUUUAUAUUAUCACCAGCACUUGUCAACAAGCUCACCUUCCUGCUGCUCAGUGCACCUCUGUGACCGCCGGGACUGUGACCUGCAGCACUGUGAAUACACAAGGCGUUUGGAAGUUUAUUAUUUUUUGGGGGAGAACAUAAAAAAACUGAGAUUUCGCCAAAAGAUGCUGGAUCGGAGUGUUUUAUCAUUGCUCUUUGGAUGUCUGGCUUGUCUUGUGCUAACCUCUGUUGUAAAUGCAGAUGGUCGAGUGUUCGUGCUGGAUCUGAGGAGCUCUGGCCUGCAGGGCUUCAGAGAUGCUGAGGGGGCUUGUGCCUCACGACAUGCCCGCUUGGCAUCAGCAGAGGAGCUCCGUCAUGCCGUGGUGGAGUGCUUCUUCUCCCCAUGCACCCGUGGGUGGCUCUACGGAGGCAUAGUCGGGACCACGGUGUGUAAUGUCGUGGGCAGUGCACUGAAAGCAGUGGAUGUAAGAACAGAAAAUGCCACAGAAGACGCUACACACCUGGACGCCUUCUGUAUCAAAGACAAAGGUGUACCAUGUGGUGACCCACCAUCCUUUCCUAACACACGUCUGCAGGAGCACAGUGGGUAUGAGAUGGGAGAUGAGCUGCUGUACACAUGUGCGCCAGGUUACGUAAUGCCCAGUCGACACAGUGCCUUCAGCCUGCUGUGCGACAGCUGUGGGGAGUGGUAUGGACUGGUGGAGCUGUGUGUCAAAGAUGAGACUGACACUCACGUAGACUACGAGGACAAGUUCCCAGACUCUUACGGACAGGCAGAACACCACAAAGAGAGACCGCAGGAGGCUCAUGGUGAGGUGCACGAGGAGGUGCAUGGAGCUGUAUACCCGGAGGGGGAAAGGGGUCAGGAGCAGAAGGAGACUAGCUUCAGUGUUCCAGCAGAGGAGGAGCAUCAAGACCAACAUGGAGUGGAAGGAGAAGUGAUCAGUAUAAAAUCUGAAGGAGCUGCAGAAGGAGGAGAAAAAGACCGUGCUAUUGAGGACUUCAUAGGACAUCUGAGAUGGGAGCAGGAGAGGUGGGAGGAGGUCAGGACUGAUGCAGCCGCAGCCACAGAAGCACCCGUCUCUAUUCUAUCCCAGAAACACCUCUUCUGGUUCCCCUCUGAGGCCUUCCAAGACGAGGGGCGUCCUGUCUCAAACAAUCCACUUACACAGACUACACAGAGAGCCUCAGGUGCCCAAUCAGAGGAGAGUAAAGAGCACGACAGCCAAGAAACGCACCACCACCAGCGUCCAGUUGAUGUUGACCACCAUGUGCAAGACAGCUAUGAUGAUCGUGACACAGAUGACCGAGACGAUCAUGAUGACAGCAAGCAUGAUGACCUGGAUGCCCAUGACGACAGCCACCACGAUGAUCAAGAUGAGAGCCGCCAGGAUGAAGAUGAUCGUGAUGAUCAUGUGAAGCAUUACAUUCCAGCUCAGCAUGAUGACCUGGACAGACGGGACCACCAUGAGAGUCAUGAUGAUCACGAUGACCAUUAUGACAUGGGGGAACAUGAGGAGGAUCGCGAUCGUGUUCGUUAUACCAGCCAGGAGUAUGACGACACUUAUGAUGAACAUGAAAGCUAUGAAGAACAUGACGAUGUGACCAACGAUCGUGAUGACAAUGGUCAAGAACGUCCUGAUGGCUCUGAGGAACAUCCCGACAAUGAUGACCAUGAUGAUCCUGAGGAACAUUACAGCCAAGAGGAGGAUGAUAACGAUCGUUACACUGAUCAAGAUGAUCAUGAACACGAUGACCAUGACAGCUACGAUGAUCAUGAUAGCCAUGAAGAUGACGGUCAACAGCGUGUAAUCUUUUCUAUAGUAACAGAUAGAGGUCAUAACAUCACUCAGAAGGAAGCAGAGGGAGAGGCCACCACAGAUGACACCUGGCUGGAUGGCUACCCUGUUGUUCCUGAGGAGACAGAAAAUGGUGACUCCACAACAGAAGGGACGACAGAGAAACCCAAUGAGGUGGAAAUUCGUAGACCCAUCCCUCACACCAGCUCACCAGAUGCACCCAAAUCUCCCACCACGGACCCUGCCUUAGAUCAAGGGGUGGUGCACCCUGUGUUCAUCCCCACCGCUGCUCCCUCACAGCCAUCAGACUCCCCCUCAUACUCCGACACCCUGGAUUACGACACACAACAGGUGGCUCCCACCCACUCCUGGCACCUCACUCAGCACCCCUUCCCCGACCAUGGCCCAGUUCCACCGAACCACAUCGACAAAGAUGGAAUGAUGGAAGAGCACACUAUACGCAACCUGCCUGGUGAGGCCGGCGAGAGGGACGAGAUAGAGGGAGAGAUGGGAGAGGCAAUCUGCACAGGUGAGAACUGCCCUCCUCCGAGCUCCUCGAGCAGAGGUCCCACGGUGGCAGCCAUAAUAGCGGCGGUGUGUGUGGUCGCUGCGGCAGUCAUCGUCGGGGUAUGGUGCUACCGAAGACAACAGCAAAAGAGCUCAGUGUAUGAGAUGAAUGGGAAGGGUCAAAGCCAGACCAGACAGGGCCAACAGAUAGAGAUGCAGCAGAAAGUGUAAGAGUGACAGGUGAGGACAGAGGGACACUGACAGAGGGCAGAGACAUUUUGGAGGGACGGGAAGAUUCUUAUGAAUUUGAGAGGAAAGCACAGCCCCUUAUCUCGCUAGAAACUACUGCAUGAUUGAAGAUUUUGGAUAGGUAUGAACAGAUGUGCCACAGCCCUUAUUUGAAGAGCAAAACCUCACCCAUGUGAUUAUGUUUAACAAUAAGACCUGACACAUCAAGCUGACAGUUGGCCAUUGGUCAAUGUUGAGCAAUAGGGGAGCGUCUGUCGCCCUAGUUUUGGCGUUGUAGUAGUCGGACCUGGUCAGCUUCUUUUCAGUAGAUUCAGCAUGUUGAAUUGGCAUUGGAUACGGCAAAGCCCGUCAGUGAAUGAAAUCACUCUGAUACGCAGUUCAGUUCAGUGCACAAGAGGAGAAACAGAAGUGAGGAAAGUAAACAAACGGCUAAAGUCAAAAGGGCGUGAGAUCGUAACAAACUUGUUAUUAGGUAAGAUAUUUGUUAAGCCAUUGAGCUCUUUAGCAGAAAUGGUUUCACACAGAGAACGUACGUGCUAGUUUGCUGAUGGCUAUAGUUUUUGCAGUGUAUUUUAGACGAGACACAGGCGACUUAAGACGAAACAACAGUCGAUCUUCACUGCCACUAGUUCUUUGGUGUCAGUUUGGUGUGUCUGGGCCUUAACACAGUGACACCUGUGUGAAACAGGAUGGUAGAUUGAUUUUUAGGAAUUUUACCCAUCUGUGUUAUACCUACCCAAUAUUUUUAAAGCUCUGACAUCUAGCUGGACAUGUGGAGGGGCUGUGUCUGGACUCAUAUCAAGGAUUAUAACCAUGUAGGAAAACUGCAAGAAGACAUGCCUGCCCGCCUGAAUAUAUGAACUUCAACGUCCAAAGCUCUUGGACAUUGUGGUAAAGAUUCUCUGUGUUACCUUUUUUGUUCACUUCACUGAGUGCUCAUUUAUUGCUGAUUUAGCUGCAUUGUUCUCCAACCUUUUCUGUUUGUCUGGGUAUUGUGAUGAUAAAAAUUGUAUUCCACUUGUUACCCUAUGGCAAGAGUGCUGAAGUAUAAAACACUUCAGAUCAUCGCAGCAGAUUUGGGCAGGUAGUCCCAAAUGUGUGCCCGUGCUUCUGUCAAACCAGCAAGAAUGAAAAGUAGUAUGAUGAUGAUAGUUAGACCAGAUGAGAGGGUUGAAUGAGCAGUAUGGCGGGAAAGGUGUGAGAGGGAAGGAUGGCGGCUAAUACAUUUUAAGAUCUUCCCGCCUUUGUUGGUUUUGACAGUCGGCUGGUGAGAGAUAAAGAGCGGGUGUCCAUCCAGACUGCAAACUCAGCCCGUGUGUGUGUGUGUGUGUGUGUGUGUGUGUGUGUGCGUGUGUGUGUGUGUGUGUGUGUCUGUGUGUGUGUGUGUGUGUGUGUGUGUGUGUGUUUGUGUGUCUCAGGUCCGUGCAAUCUGCCCGUCAGCGGGACAUCGUGUUUGCUGAUGGCAUUCAGACCAACCAGAGAUCAAACAUUGUGGUGUUACUAUGGCAACAGAGAGAAACUAAAAUCACAACCCCCAAUGUCUUAGUUUAGCUAAAGCUUUUAGUUUAACCAAUUCUAACGGUUCACCAAAAAAUUAAGUUUAAUUUCUAUAAAUGUAGUUGGGGAGGCCUAUGACUUUGGGUAAAAGUUUGGAUUAGACAAGAAAUGUAUAUUAUGAUAAACUGUUACAUUUAGCUCUGUAAGGAUGAAUGUAAUGCUAAAUGUUUUUCAAUGGAUUAUGCUUCCUUACUUGUGUUCUGCUGUGAUUUUGUCCUGAUAGAAUACUGUAUGAGAGGUUUAAGAGGGUCAUCUGGACUGGACUGGACUAGACUGGGGGAAUAUUUGUUAAAGGUUCAGUGUGUAGGAUUUAGAGGGAUAUGUAGGC